AUGGCACCAUCAAGGGCUGCUGAUAGCAGAACCUCCUCUCAACAACAGCCAGUAUCAUGCCAAUUCUACCAAAGUGAAACAUCGCGUUUGUCCAUCCCGCCGGUUGCACACCAGCUUAAAGAUGAUCAUGUUUGUGCUAGAGAUUCAGAGCCUACCCGCUCGAUAAUCGAGCCGAAUGAUACCCAUCUCGCGAAAAAUUCGAAUUCAAGUUUGUCGAACCAAGAUGAAGAGCAACAAAUAACAUCACAUUGGCUAGAGGGCCUCUUGACGACGAAUACAACCUUAGAACCCUUAACACCUGCACCAUUACUAUCAGCCAUCUUCCAUGACUUUCCAACCUACGGCGAUGCGAAAAUGCUCUUGGACCACUUUAUUAGAAACAUCGAUGCUCUUUACCGGAUUUUACACAUUCCUACAACGCGGAAACACCUUGAGGACCUAUAUUCAGACCUCGAUACUAAUAAAACCCCCCAGGCAACCCGGCUCGCGUUCUUCCUGAGCGUCUUCGCCGGCAGCGUCUAUGUUUCGAAAAAUACCUUUCAGUUCCAAACGGCCGCUCUACAAAACCACUCGCAAAUAGCACUAGCCGAAUUGUGGGCUAAUCAGGCGGUAUCGUUGGCGACCAGGCCACCGCUUCCUCCCUCUAUAGAAGCACUGCAGGCAAUUGUGAACCUAGCUCACUUGCUUUUGUCCUAUGUGGGUGGCCUCAACGAAGGGACGUAUAUGUUACAUCCUCGACAAAUGGAAACGCGCCACCCUAGUAACGUGGAGGACAAUGAUAUACCAUCGGGGAUUACAUAUAUUUCAGAAGAAUCUUACAACUUGCCUCUUAGUAGCCCAACAUCCAUGACUUAUUUCCUCUGCCGUAUCCAAGUCGCCACCUUGGUUCGUGAGGUUGUUGACUGCCUACCUCCGUCGUUUUUUGCGUCCCCAGGUUCUGAGAGUCCUGACGAGUUCUAUGACAAAAUCAUUGCUCUGGAUCUUAAAUAUCAACAGCUUCUAAAAUCCCUACCUAUAUAUUUUCAGCUCACUAUCCAAGAUGUGAAAACCCAUCAAGCACUACUUAACGACAGACCGUAUUUGCAAUGGCAGCGUUAUCUAAUUAAUUUUGUGAUCCACACACAUCGCGCUCGACUUCACAGGCCGUUUUUGAUUCGAGGCUCGAUACAAGAAAAGUUUGCAAACUCUCGUAUACAGUGCAUUAAAUCUGCGAAAAUUGUGAUAGAGAUUCGGAAUAGCACUAUUGGCGACCACAGUAUUGGGACUUUUACAUAUGUGCUCCACCACUUCUUGAUGGCCACAAUUAUCCUAGCCAUGGAUAUUUGUUUUAACCCCGAAAGCAUUGAGGUAUCACAACGCAAAGAGGAUGUAUUAAGAGCCUGUCGAGAGUUAGAAGCAGAGCUGAAUGCUAAAAAGAUACCACGCAGCAGAACAGCAGACGAAGGUACAUCGAGUGGGCAACUUAUGGUCCAGUCGUUUCAAAAGGCUGUGCAGAGCUUGCGAGCAAUUUUACGGAGGAGAAUUAGCGAAGAUGGACCAGAUAAGGUUGGAAUAAGCAGUCCAUCUACUAAGAUUUCUGCAAUUACACCUGAAAAACAGGGGCGGGUGACUUACUCUCCUCCAAUGCACAAAGAUAUAACUAACCAUAUGGAUGACUCGAGGGCCCCCGCUGCGGAGGCCAGCCGCGAUAUACAUAAAUGCCAACCUACUCCUCGAAAUAGAACUACAUUUGCGCAAGAUGAAAAGGAUUUAAUGCCAUCUACCCAGGCUACCCUACCCUUGUCUCAUCACGAGAAAGAUCAGAAGCAUCUGGAAGAGACUCAUUCUGCUGGUGACCUUGUUACGGAUGAGCUCUGGGAUGAGUUCUUUACUGUUGGAUCAACUUUCAAUAAUACGGAUUGGGAUACAUUCUUACUUGAUGUGGGAGACGAAAUCGGCGGCAUGCAGUAA